AUGUUCGAACCGUGCGCGGCGCGUCCCCUCCUUCGUGUCCCCGCAACGCUGCGCCAUUUCCACACCGCCGCCUGCCACCACCACCGGCAGCGGCAAGAGCCCCUCCCCGGCUACAACUUCUACGCCGCGCUCCUCCAGCGCAGCGCCGCCACCUCCGACCCCCGCCUGGCUGUCGCCCUCCACGCGGCGUUCCUCAAACAGGGCCUCCUCUCCUCCCACAUCUUCCUGUGCAACCACCUCCUCAUCGCCUGCUUCCACUCCCGCCUCGACCGCCACGGCCUCCGCCUGCUCGACGAAAUGCCACGCCGGAACGCCGUCUCGUGGACCGCCGCCAUCACGGGGCUCAUCCGGGGUGGCCGUCCCCGCGAGGCGCUCGCGCUGUUCAUGCGGAUGCGCCGCGCUGGGGUUCCGCCUAACGAGUUCACGCUCGUGAGUGCGCUCCAGGCGAGCUCCUUCGUCGUUGGCACCGGCGUUGGCCGCGCGCGGCAGAUGUACGCCCUUGCCAUCCGGACUGGGUUCGACUCCAAUGUCUUCCUCACCAACGCGUUUCUCGCGGCGAUGGUCCGCCACGGGCAUCUCGCCGACGCGGUGCAGCUGUUCGUCAGUGCCAAUGCCCGGGACAUCGUUUCGUGGAACACGCUGCUCGCAGGGUUCGCGCGCUAUUCGUGCGUGCACCUGUGCAAUCUCUGGCGAUGGAUGGCCAUCGAAGGUGUCAGCGCAGACGGCUUCUCCUUCAGCACGGUGCUGUCAGGGCUGGCUAGAAGCGCGAAUAUUGUGACCGGCUUGCAAGUUCAUGCGCAGCUUGUCAAGAGCGUCUUCAUCAACGAUGUCAGCGUGAGCGACUCUUUGCUGGAGAUGUACAUGAAGAACAAAGAGCUGGAAUCCGGCACCAGAGCCUUCGCCGAGAUCUGCCAUAGAGAUGUGGUGUCAUGGACAGAGCUGGCUGCAGGUCUCCUACAUUGUGGAGAGCCUGCUAAGUCCCUUAGAGUUGUCAGUGACAUGAUGCUGGAUGGAAUCAGGCCUAACAACUACACCAUUGCAACUGUAGCCAAUGCUUGCGCAAACCUCGCAAGUCUGAACGAAGCAAGGAAGCUCCAUGGGUAUGUGAUCAAGCUAGGAGAAGACUUCAAUGUGAGUGUCAACAAUGCUCUCAUCGACAUGUAUGCAAAGUGCAGAUCAGUAGCCUGUGCAUACAAGGUGUUUCAGUUGGUGCAGCAACGGCAGGUUAUAACCUGGUCGGCGAUGAUCAUGGCGUUUGCGCAGAAUGGGCUAGCAAAGGAGGCUGUGCAGGUGUUCGACGAUAUGCUGUUGGAAGGCAUUGCACCGAAUCAUACCGCGUUUGUCUGGGUCCUCCGUGCUUGCAGCCAAGGUGGGUUUGUGGAUGAAGGUUGGAUAUACUUCAACGCCAUGGCAGACAAGUUUGGCGUCGAGCCAGGCGAGGAUCACUAUGCCUGCAUGGUCGAUCUCCUUAGAAAGGCAGGUCGUACGGGAGAGGCUGAAGAGAUUAUUUCCCGGAUGCCAUUUUGCCCUAAAGUACUUGUCUGAAAUUCUAGAUGUCUGUCUGUCAGGCAAUGCUCAGUGCUCUCCAACUUCACAGUAACAGGACUGCAGGCAGUGAGGCAGACGAAUUGCAAAGCAUGCACUUGAACUAUAGUUGUUGCUGUUAAUGCUUGCUUGGCGGCAUAACGAUGCAGGAAAGGUGAAAAGACUCGAGGGGACAAAGAAGCCAUGAAAUGAAGUAGCCUGUCUCUAUUUUAUUCCAGUCCAUGCCUGUGAACUUGCCUGGCACACUUGGUUAUUUCCAUGUCAGAAUUCAGAAAGCUCGAGAGUAGCAAGUUUUGUAUAGAUUGCAGCUAUAAAUGCACCUGGUAGGUAUUACUUACAGUCUACAGUGAUAAUUUGAGGUCUUAACUACAGUCUAAAUAGAUAAUUUGAUUAAUUAUUCAAGUG